UACGAAUUUUUACGAUUUUAAAGAAGGAACUUCUUUUGAAGAUAACUUGCUUCCCUUCAGAUAAAAUUGUUACCUAUUUGUGAAAAUGGAUUUGCAAAAUAUCGGUGCUGGAAAUAAGGACGAUGCCUUCUACAGGUACAAGAUGCCCAGAAUGAUAACAAAAAUCGAGGGCCGCGGGAAUGGCAUCAAAACGAAUAUAGUCAACAUGGUUGAUAUUGCAAAGGCUUUGGGCAGGCCUGCUUCUUACACGACCAAGCAUUUCGGAUGCGAAUUGGGAGCUCAGUCCAAGUUUGAUGAGAAGACCGGAGCUUCACAUGUCAACGGGGCCCACGAUACUUCGAAACUGGCCGGGCUUCUCGAGAACUUCAUCAAGAAAUUCGUGCAGUGCUACGGCUGUGGCAACCCCGAAACGGAAAUCAUCAUUACAAAGUCACAGAUGAUCAAUCUCAAGUGUGCCGCAUGCGGUUUCAUCUCGGAGGUUGACAUGAGGGAUAAGCUCACAACUUUCAUUCUGAAAAACCCGCCCGAGUCGAAGAAAGGAUCCAAGGACAAGAAAGCAAUGAGGCGGGCUGAGAAGGAGCGGCUCAAGGAAGGAGAAGUAGCCGAUGAGGAGGUGAAGAAGCUCAAGAAAGAUGCCGCUAAGAAAAAGGGUUCGUCUGGAAAUUUAAAGGAAGUAGCUGCGAAAGCAAUCACCAAGAAGAAGUCUAUUCACUCAGACGAAGACCAUUCUCCGAAUGGCAGUAGCCAUGCAGAUGACCAUGAAGUAGAAUGUGACGACGACGACGACGACAACAUCCAGUGGCAAACGGAUACUUCUUCAUUAGCUGCUCAACAAAGAAUCAAAGAGCAGCUUAACGCUAUCACAGCUAGUAUGGUUAUGCUCUCGACCGAUGAAGAGAAGCCAAAAUCAGGUAAAAUCUCUCCGAAAAGGGCUACGAACGAAAUCAAGAAGUUUAUCAAGAAAGGGUCUCCUGUUAGCCAGUUCAAAUCGCUACUGCAGUCUCUUUCCGGUACGCAACAGCAAAUAACCGAUGCGUUAUUCGAGGCAUUGUUUGAAGGAGUUGGAAAAGGAUUUGCUAAAGAGGUUGUGAAGAAGAGGAACUACCUUGCGGCUGCAGUUGAGGAAGAGGGCUCGCAGGCGGUACUGCUUCGUGCAGUAGAGUCCUUUUGUGGAAAAGCGAGCAACGAGGCGGUGAAAGAGGUGGCUUUGGUUUUGAAGGCGCUUUAUGAUAGUGAUGUGGUGGAAGAGGAGUUCAUUGUGGAGUGGUACAAGAAGGGCGUAAAUGGCGGCAAUAAAGGGUCUCCGAUUUGGAAGAAUGUUAAGCCGUUUGUUGAGUGGCUGCAGAGUGCCGAAUCUGAAUCGGAAGAUUGACGAUAUUGUUUUUUCGUGUUUUAUUGUGAUGAAAUGCCGUUGAUUUAUAUCUGUGUUUUUUCGCAGAAAUACUAUGUUUGAAGUGAUUCAACUGUGUUGUUGGUUUCUUGAAACAAGGAGGAACUAUAUGUAGCUAGGGCUAUUUUGGUCAUAAUUUUUGUAAUGUUGGUUUUCAAUUAUGAUUUGGAGAGAGUGCUAUAUAGUGU